CCCAGCUCAGUUGAUCGGCGCGCUCGAUAGAGUUCGGUUCUAUAAUUAAGUCACUGGAUUAUAUUGCUCUUCAGUUUGUUGCAGCUUAAAAAUCAAAUCUGAUUUUGGACAAAAGUACUGCUUAGAUAAUGGCUGCCAACAAAUUAAGCUGCACUCUGGCCAUUGGGGCUCUGCUAUGCCUGGGAUUCGCGGCUCUCAUUCAGGCCACCGAUAAGCCGGUGACUGAUGUGUGCCUGGGAUGCAUCUGCGAGGCCAUUAGUGGAUGCAACCAGACCCGCUAUUGCGGCGGUGGAGUCUGCGGCCUGUUUCGCAUCACCUGGGCUUACUGGUCCGACGGCGGCAAGCUGACCUUGGGCAACGAGAGUCCCCAGUCGGAGGACGCUUAUGCCAACUGCGUGAACGAUCCCUACUGCGCGGCCAACACCAUUCAGAACUACAUGACCAAGUUCGGUCAGGAUUGCAAUGGUGACGGUGCCGUCGAUUGCUACGAUUAUGCUGCCAUCCACAAGCUGGGAGGAUACGGAUGCACCGGAGAGUUGGCCUAUAAUUAUCAGAACACCCUGGGCACAUGCCUGACUUCGUUCCAGAGUGUUGAUGUGCGCAUUUCCGGUUAAUCCCACCAUCUUGCUAAAUUUAUCUACCAUCUAAUAUAUAAAUAAUGUAAUUAAUUAAUAAUUUAUGGCAAUGCAUUUGAAUUCGAAGAAGAUUGCGCAAUUGAGAUUGAUAAUAAAAUGACACUGCAGCAAGGGA